AUAAAAAAUCUAAGUGUCUGUUUCAAAUAUUCGAUAUACAAAUUGUAUGAUCAGAUCUAUUGGGCAAUGCAAAGGUUACUACUACUGUUACUGGUGUGUCUAACACCGUUCGUUUUUUCUGCAGAUAAUAAUCUGUACAAAAAUUGUUCGAGGGUUCCAUUUUGCACGACAAUGAGAUACCAAGAAGUAAACAAGUUCUUCUAUUUUUCUGCCGAUAUUAUGAGUUACGCCGUGACGGACAAUGUUGUGACUGUGCCACUCAGUAAUUUGAACGGUGACGAAUUAGAUUUACAAAUAUCCGUCUUAUCCGGACGAAAAGCAAGGGUAAAGGUCCUGGAAAAAAAUCAUAGCCGCUACGAGUUACAGGAUGUCCUAGACAAAGAUUUCCCUGCUAUUAGCACCGUACACGCAACUACGGAAGAAAGGAUGUUAUUCCUAAUUUCCCAAGAAGAUACUAAUUUCAUUAUUCACGUAAACGGUCCUGCUCCGUUCUCUGUAGAAUUUCUUUACGACACUCAAGUUGAGCUUGUUCUGAGAGGAGAUCGGUUGGUCAUGACGAAUAAUGAUAGCAGUCAAGCCUUCUCUUUCGAUGUGGAAUUUGAAGAAGCUCAAAAACUGUAUGGGUUGCAUCACCAUGCUUACAAUCUAGGACUAGGAGAAACGGCUGAUGGUACGGUAGACCCGUUCCAUCUAAAGAAUUUUGACACUCCAUCCUACGACGUUGGCUCUACAAUGGCUUUGUAUGGGGCUGUGCCAGUUGUUUACGGUCAUUCGUCUAAAUGGACCUCCGGUGUAUUUUUGCACAACGCAGCCCAACAGUGGAUCGACAUUACUUACGCCGAAAGUAACCCAAUAGCAUACUUUAUGGUAGAAAGCGGUACAUUUGAUUUGUUUGUCAUGAUGGGACGUACUCCCAAGGAAAUCGUCAGGCAGUUCACAGAUCUAACUGGAAAAGCGCAUAUGCCUCAGUUAUGGGCGUUGGGAUACCACCAAUGCCGCUAUUCUUAUAUGACCCAAGAGGAAGUUAAGAAUGUGGUAGCGUACAUGGAUCAAGGCGAUUUCCCGAUGGACGCGAUAUGGCUUGACAUCGACUAUACAGACGAGAAGAAAUAUUUUACUUGGAACAAAGAAACGUUUACCGAUCCGGAAGAAAUGCAGCGAAAUUUGUCGUCUACCAACAGAAAGCUUGUGACUAUCAUCGACCCCCAUUACAAGGUCGAUGAUAAUUAUCCUGUGUAUGCAGGUGCUAAAGACGAUCUCUUCGUGAAAUGGCCAAAUGGAAGUAAUUUUGAAGGCAACUGUUGGCCCGGAUUGGCCAGUUGGUUCGACUUCCUCAACCCGGAAGCUAGAGAUUACUACGCGAGUUGGUUUUCCUACGAAAAAUUUGUUGGUUCCACAGAGGUUCUGGCUGGGAUCUGGAACGACAUGAACGAACCUUCAAUCUUCGACGCGCAGUUUGAAAAUACAAUGCCUUCUGAAACAGUGCACAUAGGCGACGUCUUGCAUAGGGAUGUGCACAACAUCUACGGAUUUUUACAAACCAAAGCUACACACCAAGGUCUAAUACAACGCGACAACGGCACCAAGAGACCUUUUAUCUUGACUCGCUCCCACUUUGCCGGUUCCCAGAGAUACGCUGCCAUGUGGACGGGUGAUAACCUUGCUCGCUGGUCGCACCUUCCGAUUACUUACCCAGAAUGUGUCAAUUCUAAUAUGUUGGGCUUGGUAUUUUGCGGGGCCGAUGUGGGCGGAUUUAAUGAAAAUCCAACUGAACAACUAAUACAGAGGUGGUACCAGGCAGCCAUUUGGUUGCCAUUCUUCAGGCAACAUUCAGCCUCUAACGCGGAGAGGAGAGAACCUUACUUAUUUUCAGAGGAAAUCCAAAACGUUAUCAGAAAUGCCAUAAAAUUGCGAUAUAAGCACCUGCCGGUCUGGUAUACGUUGUUUUACGAACACACUCGUUACGGAGACCCAAUUUUAAGGCCGUUUUUCUAUGAAUAUCCGGAAUUUUUUGAGCAAGACGACCAUGUUCUAGUUGGGAGUGACAUCUUAGCAAGGCCUGUUUUGGAACCUGAUGUGACUUCUAUAACAGUUAUUUUCCCAGGAUCGAAUACCAACUGGUAUAGAGCCGACGACGAAUCUUGGUCAGUUCAUAAAGGAAAUACUUCCGAAGAAGUUGAUGUGGAUAUAAGUACAUCUCCAUACUAUUAUAGAGCUGGCAGUAUAAUACCUAGAAAGGAUAGAGCAAGAAAAUCUUCUACAGACAUGCAAAAUGAUCCCCUAACCAUUUAUGUAAAUUUGGACGAGAAUGGCAAUGCCCAAGGAAGGUACUACCAAGAUGAUUACGAAAGCUUCAAGUACUCCACGGAUGAUAUUUAUCUAUAUGCGACUUUUACUUACAUUCCCGCGAGUCAUGGUAUACAAAUUUUGAUUAUUGACGGUAAUUCUGAGGGAUUUGCUCCAGUUUUACAGGAAAUCGUAGUUCACAGCAUAACUGAAGUUUCAGGUAAAGCAGCAGGUGUCCAAUCUAGGUACACCACAAAUUCAGAAGGUAUCCCUUUGAGUUCUAUAGACAUCGUCGCACAACUGAAGAAAAUGAGAAGCAAUGAAAUGAUGAUAUUCCUAUAAGAUAAUGAUUAACGUAUUUUAUAUUAUACGGUUAUGGCAAAUAAAUAUGUUUUGAACAUGAAUAUUAUAAUUUCUAAGUUCUAAGUUUGUAAAUCCAGUAUUUAAAAUAUAGAUAUUUCUGGCAA